CGUAGUGUAGUGGGACCUUGAGAUCUGCUCUCUGAAGGUCGAAAUUCGAUCUCCACUUCCCAAAGAAAAGAAGCCGUUGCUAUGGCAACAACCAUGAGCGUGGAAAGGGUCUAUUUACAUCUUAUAAUUAUACAUUGAAAAUGUAUUUAAUAACUCAAAUAGUAUUCUUGUGUCUUUUUAUAGUUUAUUCAACUCAAUCAUUAGGCGACAGCUCACCUUUUUAUCAAAAAUGCCUGGAAAGGUGUAAUUUACUAAAUUGUACCGAAGACGGUUUACACUUCACCGACGACAAACAGCAAUCAAUCAUUUUAAAAGUUACCCAGUGGUCUUGUAACGAUGAAUGCCAGUACGAUUGCAUGUGGCAGACGGUCUUCGCAUUCCAUAAAAGAAAGUGGAAUGUUCCUCAAUUCCAUGGCAAGUGGCCAUUUAUCCGACUUUUUGGAAUGCAGGAACCGGCAUCGGUGGCUUUUUCCUUACUUAAUUUAUACAUUCACAUUAAAAUGAUUAGAAAAUUUCGGUUCCAGGUGCAGUCGGAUAGUCCAACUUACACCUUGUGGCAUAUAUUUUGCUUGAUCUGCAUAAAUGCAUGGUUUUGGUCAGGUGUCUUCCAUGCUCGAGACUUCCCAUUUACAGAACUGAUGGAUUAUUCAUGCGCAUUCUCGAUUGUUUUAAUGUCUUGUUAUUGCAUGUGUAUGCGAAUUUUACGUAAUACUUCUCAGACAUUGCUGAUGGUUCUCACGGCAAUAUUUCUAGCAUUUUAUUUUAAUCAUGUUGCAUAUUUGAGUACGGGAAGAUUUAGUUACGCAUAUAAUAUGGAACUCAAUCUUGCAGUUGGUGCCAUGACUGCUUUUGGUUGGUUUGCCUGGUGUGCGUGGAAUAGGAAACGACAACCCUACACGUGGAAAUGUGCUGUAUUUGUUACGCUAGGUGCACUUUCUACCCUCCUGGAACUAAUUGAUCAACCGCCGUUAUUUUUUAUUUAUGAUUUUCACGCUCUCUGGCACUUAUCAAGUGCCCCUUUGACCAUCUUAUUUUAUAGUUUUAUCAUUGACGACUGCAAGUAUUUAAGAAAACAAGAAGUGGAGAAAUCAGAUUAAAAUAUUUAUACACGAAUUGAUGGCUGUUAGGUUUUUAAUGUAGAUCAUUUUUAAAUAGGCAUGUAGGCAAUGUAUUGUUAUUUCGUUGUUAGUAAUGUGAGCUUCCUGUAGACCAAAAAUAUACUCUACAAAGUUUUUCUGAA